GUGUGCAGCAUAACGACUUUCAGUUAAAAACACAGAACUGGGCGAGGUCUGUGACUACUGUUUGUGUGCUCGCGUUGGAAAAAAAACAUACAAAUUAAUCCGUUCAUAUGCUGUAUAUUUUCAUAAAAAAAAAAACCUUUGUAUUAUGAGUGAGUACGAGUAAAAAUGAUUUUAGGGACUUUGGUUUUCUUCAGUGUGUUGAAUGGUGGUCUCGCUAUUGAGACACAUGGAGUUUCGGUGAUCGAGGGAGAUUCUGUCACCUUGAACACAGAUGUUAAAGUACAGAAAGAAGAUCAUAUCCUAUGGACAUUUGGACCUCAGAGUGCGCAAAUAGCCGAAAUAAUUCAAAUGGAAUGCUUCGUUUUUGUCCUCGACGAUUGGAUAUUCAAAGAGAAGCUACAUAUGGACAAUCAAACCGGGUCUCUGACCAUCAGAAACAUCAGAUCUGAACACGCUGGACUCUACCAGCUGCAGAUCACCAGGCCGAGUUCAAAAGUCUCACUGAAGAGAUUCAAUGUUACUGUGUAUGUUCCUCUUCCUAUUCCCGUUAUCAGCAGAGACGAUUCGCGUUGUUCUUCAUCCUCAUCCGGAUGUUCAUCGGGUCCUAAAUGCCUCCUGCUGUGUUCGGUGGUGAACGUGGGUCAUGGGACUCUCUCCUGGUACAAAGGAAACCGUUUAUUGUUCGUGUCUGAUCUCAGCACGAGUCUCUCUGUUCCUCUGGAGGUGGAGUGUCUGGAUGAUUCCUACAGCUGUGUCGUGGCAUAUUCAUUCACAAACCGGUCUAAACGACUCACUGAACUCUGUCUGACAUGUUCAGAACUCCGCCGGCAUGAAUUUUGGAUACUGCUUAUAACAUUGGGAUUUCUGCUGUUAGCCUUGCUGAUUGUACCAGUCUGUCGGUGUUUAGAGUGCUAUUAAAAAAAGAAAAGAAAGCUAAUGGGACAAAGGAAACAAUACACUUGACUGACAUGCAACACUGAUAAACUCUCUCAUUGCUGCAUUUGUUGUCUGGAUUUGACUAACCAUUCAUUCAGAGGAAAACUAUUACGGUCGUGCAUCUUCAAACAGAACAAUGAUUGAAACCAGCCUCUGUGUUUUAUGGAAGAUUUCAUUCUUUCAGGGAGCUAAGCAAGAAAUUGCUUUCUGUAUAAUUGUGGGUUCAUACCAGACCCACAAGACAGGUAUUAAUAUGCACUUCGAAAUUCAAAUUCUCCUACUUAAAGCAUUUUUUUGGUUAAAAAUGAUCCAAAAACACUACUAAUGUUUGUAUUAUUUGUCCUUGGAAUUGUGUGUAAGACAGUGUUUUAUUUCUGUUUGUAUAUAGUUUUUACGUUCUGUUUCUGUGUUGUAACAAAAUAUGAUGGUGGAAUUAACGUCAAGUUAUUAAAGAGUACAUCAUUUUGA